AUGGGCAAAAAUAGAGACAAAGAAGCUUAUUACGAAACGUCAAGAGUAUUCAAGAAUAUUCCCCGCAUCGCGGACCCAGCGAAAGACUCGCCUUUUGAUUCCAUUGCACUCCAACGCAAUGGACAUGCAGCCAGUAGGGAGGGCGUGCACCUUGCAGCAAUGGGCCUGGAAGAAAGAGUAAACCAUUCAAAGCUCGGCUCUUUGCGUUUUGAUCAUAGAGACGAAAUUCCCCGUGAAGAUAAACACAUUUCAGACCUUAUGUCACACGUGAGAAACUUUCAUUCUGAAUAUUCGAUUUCACGCUUUGUUUACCUUGGCGUCCGCGGAUGCCUCUGCAGGAAGGCAUAUCCUGAUUUCCCGGACCCUCUUUGUGGAAUCCAGAUUCAUCAUAAAGAAUGCACGGCGUCCCCGAGCGGCCACUCGCGCCUCCUCAUUGCCUGCGGCUCAUCUGCAUACCCAGCGCCUUCGCGUCUCGUGGCGGCGGCUUUUGUUAGUCUUCGGGAUUACUCGAGCCUGACAAGUUGCACGUGUUUGUCUUGCAGCCGCGCCUCUCUGUGGCGGGGGUUGCGAGAGGUGUUGACAGUGUGGCUUGAGAGCUGGGACCACGACCCGGACAGCGUGGAGAUGAACGUCGUGCGCUACAAGCCGGACGGGAUCGAGGCCCUGGCGAGGACGACCAAGUUCAGCAAGAAGGAACUGCAGCUCAUUUACAGAGGCUUCAAGGCGGAGUGUCCGAAUGGGUUCGUCAGUGAAGAAACUUUCAAGGGUAUUUACUCGCAGUUCUUUCCUCAAGGAGAUGCGACGGCCUACGCGCACUACGUCUUCAACGCGUUCGACGUCGAGCAGCAAGGGUCGAUCAGCUUCGAGGAAUUCGUAACCAUCCUGUCGGAGCUGUCGCGGGGCAGCGUGACGGAGAAGAUCCGCUGGGCCUUCAACCUGUACGACAUCAACGGCGACGGAUACAUCACCAAGGAGGAGAUGCUGGACAUCGUGACGGCCAUCUACUCGCUGGUCGGCCGCAACGCCAUCCCCGCCGUCGAGGAGAACACCACGCAGGAGCACGUCGACAGGAUAUUCGAGAAACUCGACAUCAAUGGCGAUGGAAUGGUUACCCUUGACGAGUUCAUGGAAAUAUGCACAACCGACGAGACCAUCGCCAACUCGCUGACGAUCCUGGACACGAACUUCUGAC